AUGACGUCCUUAAUUUAUCCCACCCAGAGUGUGUCAUUAUCUCCUAACGUAAUCAGCACCACCUCCUCAGGAAUACAUCUACAUCAAAGGACACCAUCCAACCCAUUUGAAGUCAUAUAUGAUUCACAACCAGUACACAAACCAUCCAACACACAAUGGCAUAACUCUCAAAAUUAUGAGGAAAUAUCAAAGAAUAUACAUCACAGAACAACAAGCUCGGGCCUACCAAUUAAACCUGCCCCUUCGUCUUCUUCUCCAUCCCCUCCACCUCCCAUUUUGACAGUUCUUGAUGAUCCACUUUUCACUAAAACUACUGGGUCCCUCAUAUCACGUCUGGCCACCUUAAGAAACAGAAACAGAAUCAAGCGACGCAACAAAACUGUGAAGAAAGCCGAUAUCAAACAGAACAAACCAUUAAAGUUCCCCAUACGGAGGAAAAGAAGUCUACAGUACAAGAAAAGGCCACAGGCGCCACUUUUUGAUAAUAAGAAACAGAUGAUGGACUUUUUGAUGAACUCAAACUAUCAGGCUUUAGUUAAAAACUUUAUACCACAAUCAAUGCGAAUUUAUCUGCAUCACCGAAUUUUGCAACCUAAACCUGCGUUGACUUAUAGCACCAAGAAUUUUGAAAUUGACGAGCUUGACAAUUUUGUUAUUGUACCAACCGACAAGAAAUCAAAAACAGGGUCUUACCUAAGGGGAGCAAACUUGACUGCUCCGGUGUCCAAUCUAAGUGCUGGUACAGGUGUUGGUGUUGGUAGUGGUGGCGGUAAUACAGUAGUUGAGUUGAUAUAUCAAAAAUAUAAGGAAGACAUCUAUACCGGUGGGUUUUCCGUUCCCCCUCCAAAAUUUGAAGAGCUCUAUCCACAAGAUGCCAAGUUAUUAAGCAGUCGAGAAUUGUCUGAUUUGAAUACUAAAAUUUUGUUUGACAUAUUGAUAAGGAAAACAGUAGCAGCAAAAAUGGGCUAUCGAUUAAAACCAGCUGGGAACAGUUUCAUGGGUCAACAUUUAACUAGUCUGUCAUCUUCCUUCUCUUCAUCUUCUCCGUCUUUUUCAACUCAGGAUUCAGGAAACUUAUCAGCCAGAACAACACCAUCAGCUAGGUCACGAGGAUUAUUGCCGUCUUCGUCUUAUCUGUCUUCCCAUUCAACAAACAUGCUGGAGACCAAACCACUUUUCCUGGGUUUGACAGUGUCACACAACCAAAAACCACAAAGAGAUUUACGUAACGAAUUCAUUAAUGACUUUAACAAAAUAUAUGAUCAACGAUAUAAACACAACACUAAUAACAAGCCAAGUUUCGAAAAAGAUUUGUUUGCUAGUACAGUAUAUCAAUUAAGUCCCAUUAAUAAAUCAAAAUCGACUUUACCUUCUUACGAUAAUGAAUAUACUGGUAGAGUUGGCUUUGGUGAUAACAACAACAACAAAAAUAACAACAACAACACUAAUAGUAGCACUAGCAACAGUAAAUUUGAUGAUGAGCAAACUACUACCCAACCGGCAUCUUCUACCCAAAGAAAAUCAACUAGUACUUAUACCUCGACCACUUCAGGCUUGCAAAACUUGGACGAUUUUCCUAUUAACUCAUAUAAUAUAAAACCUUUUAAUUCCUUUGAUGUAUGGCAAUCUAAGAAUAUUGUUCCCAAAGACAUAAUUUCCCCAGAACAAUUAAUUGAUAGUUUGAAUAAGUCCGAUCAGUUCGGAUACAUUAGAAGUCGUUCCAUCGUAGAACAAAAUGUGGCACCAAGAGUUGAGUCAAUGCAAGCCUCGGUUUUGACUCAUCAUGAUUCUGUAAGAACUAAAUGGAGUGCUAGUGUUGGUAUUGGAGGAGGCACUAGUCAACAUGAUGAAAAAUCUCAAGCUUCUCCAAGGUUCUCUCAAGUCUCAAGACUAGGAUCUUAUAAAUAUCAGGGGGUGAUUUAG